AGAGAGAGAAAAAUUUGUUUCUCGCACUUGUUUUUGGUGUGUGAUGCAGGAUACCCAGCAGAGACUGCUCUGUGCUAGCAAUUAGAGAGAGCGGAUGAGAUCGUCUGUAAGUAAUUUCCUCCGCAAUAUGAUGUGCUCUAUGCGGAGGGACCUGGCUAGCCAAGCAUGGUCCAUGGUUCAUGCUUGACUGCGGUUUGACGCUGCCACAGCUGGCUUCUUCAGUCCGUCCAAGACACGGCAUGUAGUGUAUGUGCAUGCAGUAUCUGCUGGAGAUCGAUGCCAUGACAGCUUCACGUGGUGUCGAAAAAUACGGUGUACAUAGUAUAUGCACGGAAGCCUUACAGAAGCCUCACCGCAUCGCCCGUCUUGCUUGGCGCCGACCAAUCCCGCGCUCGCUCGCUCAGCCUCUCGUAUCUUCGUCUCCUCCCAUGCCAGCAGACAGCCGUGUCUAUCCCUGUCCCCGGCCCUCACCGCCGCUGCUAAUCCGCUCCGAGCUGGCCGUCGUGUCUCUUCCUCGCUAGCCGCUCCAUUCUUCAUCAAUCUGCUUCAUCCCACCGUUCGUCCCAUCUUGGGCCGUCCCUGACGCCAUCUCGCCUUAGCAACCGCUCUAAACCCACCUUGUUCUCUGUCUUUGUUGGCAAAGAAGAAAGAAAAAAGAAAAAAAAGAUUUCCCACCCAAUCGCCUCUCGUUUUUCCCGAUCACCGCCUUUUUGGCGAUGGCGGAACAUCCCCAGGGGGUUCCCGGGCUCCAUUUUCCCUUCUCUCGCUUGUUAGUGCUAGCAUCCCGACCCUGGUCUCGCUUCGGCCACCAUAUCAAAGACUGAGAGAAAACGCAUGAUGCUCAUUCGACCAUUUACCGUUCCAUGGACGGUUUUCUCGUACGACGGUACCGUUUAUACCUGUGCCCAUCAAUGCCAUUAGGAUAAUGACGACCCAUCUUAUCUCCUGUCAAUCGAUCCUCUCUGCAGAUACUCGGAGAUGAUAUCGUACCUUUUAAUAGUAACAGCG